AUGGCGCGGCGGGCGGGAGGCUCCGUGGCCGACGAACUGGCCAACGCCGCCGCCCGCGGAGACCUGCAGCGCCUCAGGGAGCUGCUGGACGGCGAGGCCGACCCCAACGCCGUCAACUCCUACGGCAGGACCCCCAUCCAGGUGAUGAUGCUGGGCAGCACGCGUGUGGCCGAGCUGCUGCUGCAGCGCGGAGCCGACCCCAACCGGCCCGACCCGAGCACCGGCUGCCUCCCGGUGCACGACGCGGUCCGCGCCGGCUUUCUGGAGACGCUGGUGGCGCUGCACCGGGCAGGGGCGCGCCUCGACCUGCCCGACGGCCGCGGCCACCUCCCCCUCGACGUGGCGGCGGGGGGCCCGCACGGAGCCGUGGGCCGCUACCUGCGCCACCCGCCGCCCCGCGCCUGACCUCUCCCGAGGCAAUCCCCUCUCCAAACUUACGGCUCGCGCCCGCCUCGGAAAACGCCAAGUCGAGCAGCACUCAUGCCAUACUGUGAAUAACCCCCGGGUCGCUGGGAUGCACGAAGGGCAAUAUUCUUUGCUCAUUCCUGUGUAUCUUGCACUGAAAAUACUAUGGCCCUCCACAGUCCCCUAUUUUCCCGCGAGAGGUCAAAUAUUAUGAA